AUGACGCAAAGCUUCCGAAGUGUCAGAAUUGGCCUUAUGGUCGGUAUUGCUGGCGGUGCACCGACUUCAAAGAAUGAUAUCCAUCUUGGGGAUGUAGCAGUCAGCGCUCCCCGAAACGACAAGGCUGCUGUUCUUCACGGAUGUCGAUACCAGGAUAACGCUGUAGCCGAGAUCCGGGGCCGACAGGCCAAUGUCGACGAGAUCAAGGCCAUUUUUUCCGCCGCCGCCGCCAUCGCCCCCGAGGAGAAGCAAGAGAAGCAGGAAGAGGAUAAGAAGGGGCAGGGGAAGAAGGAGGAGAGCGAAGACGUUGCGGGGGACUUAAAACAAAACUUACAAAUCCCAUUUCGAUAUGCGUAA